AUGAAGGUAGCGGUAAACACGGGUCGCAUUGACAUUUUGAACUGGAUGUACGAACAUGGCUACUCUGACCAACUAGUUGGCGUGGACAAUCUGGAAGUCUUCGAGUGGCUUCUCGAGCGGAAUAUGGUGAAGUGGCUCUACGAAACCUUCGCUGAUGCAGAAGACAUCGAUCUAUUCAAGAGUAUAACGCGACAGGAGUGGGAGGACCCGGGCGAGAUCCAUGUGAUGGACACGGCUGCCAAGUAUGGUCAUCUCGGCGUUAUCAAGUAUUUGCAUCAGAUUUCUGUGCUGUUCAAAGAGAAUGACCAGAAGAAGCGCAAGAGAGGCGGGACAAUGAGCGGUACAGGUCCAACAUGCUCGACCGCAGCGAUAGAUUUGGCUGCUGGUAAUAAUUACCUGCAAGUGGUGGAAUGGCUACAUCAAAAUCGGAAGGAGGGCUUCACGGAACAAGCAGUGCACCUCGCAGCAAUCAACGGACAUUUGGAGAUGGUGCAAUGGCUACAAGAACACCGAGCUCAUGAAUUUAAAGCUGGCACCAUGGACCUCGCUGCUUAG